AUGUUUCAAGCGAGUGCCAUUGUUCUCUCCCCGACAUGCACUCAGAGUAAAUUAUUGGGAUCAUCAUCCUCGGAUCCAUCCACCACAACUAACACCACAGUGCAAGGAGAGGAUCAAAGAAUAGGAAUUAUGGGAUCGCUACGAAAAGCCUCCGCUCAUCAUCAUUCAAAUCAUCAUACACAAGGCUCAUCAUCGGGAUUGGGUACAAAUUCUUCCAUAUUAAACCGUAUGAGUGGAAUGGGAUAUAGUGGUAGUGGUGGAAUGAGUGUGAGCGGAACCAGUGGUCAUUCAACAUUGUCCACUUCGAUCACUAACCGAAGUUCAAAUUCUGCGGCUGGAUCCACAGCUCAUGUGUUGUUUGGAGGAUAUUCGUAUAAUUUUGAUAAACAAAAAUUGUUGAAGGAUUAUUUGAAAAAUUUUACUGAGAAACAAAUGAAAUUAUUUAAGGAAUGUACAGAUGAUUUGCCGUUCACACCUAUUGCUGUUUAUUAUGAUCCACAAACUUGUAUUUUACAAACAGUGUUAGAGAGUGGACAUUUGAUUCAUUGGAAACUCCAUCCUAAAACAUCAGAUGUUCAGCUAGUGCAAGUGGAUAGGUCAUUCUAUGAAUUGAUGGAUUCCAGAUUACUCUCUUCUGGAGUUAUUUGUAAUGAAUUUGUCAUUGUUCAAACUGUGAACGGAGAAUUGAAUUUCGUUGAAAAUCCACUCUUUCAAAAUUAUGCAUCUAUUUUUGCAGAAUCUUUGGGAAACACGAGAAGAGGAACUAUUUUGUCACUUGGAAGUAACAAUACACAAAAUAUCAAGCUCAUGAUGGCUAAAACUCAAGAAGAAACAUUGUUGAAAUCUAUGAAAAUGAAUUUACCAAAAACAUAUCUCUGUGGUCAAGCUACAAGAAAUUCUCUGCUUAUUGCACAAAUUAGUUUACGAGGAACUGAAGACAGAGAAAUGAUUCAAGUGAUAGGUACCGUUCAAGCAAGUCGUCUCAUUGUGUUCUAUGCAUUCAGUAAUUUCCGAUCGAACACCUUUCAUACAUUGGAGUUAAGUAGCGACUCAAUGAGCGUUGUGUGGUGUGUUUAUGAAAUUAUUGGAAAGCAAGUCAAGAAGAGCAAAUACAAAACCAUUGAGACAGAAAGUGAAAUUACAUGUUGUGCUAUUGGGCCCAGUGAAAAACACGUGUGUAUUUGUUGUGCCAAUGGAGAGGUUAAACUUUUUUCCUCGUUCAAGCUUUCUUUUUCUGGAGAUACCAGUAAUAAGGCUUCCAAAUUUAAAUGCAUCACUGUUCAAACUCUUCCUGGAAGGUUUAGACCCAGUCAUGUCGAAUGGCACCCUUCCGGCUCCAUGCUUCUUGUUGCAUCACCUAACGAAAUUUGUCUCUUUGAUUGUGGACUUAAUUUUAUUGAUUUUCAAGUACCAUUAAGAAAUGCUGUUGUUAAAUGUAUCACUCCUACCAAUAUUUUGAGUCAACCGCUUUUAUUUAGUUCUGUACAAUUUAUGACCAAUGGAGAAGCUAUUGAUUCAUCACUGGCAUUAAUUGAUUCUGGUGGUAGUAGCUUGAACCCUGGAACUCCACGCAGCUCUCUUAAUUCACCAAGAGGAUUUUUAGGACGAAAAAAGCAUCAAGCUGAAAUUCCUCAGCCAUUGCAAAAAGGAACUAUGCUUCCCUAUGAACGUCUGUUGAUAUGUUUUGAAAAAGGUCCAAUUUGCAUUUUUAAAAUUGAUUUUGGGCUACUAAGCGCUUUCAUUGACAAUAAUAUUGAGCCUGCCUCCAACGCUCAUUUUCUUUCUAUUCACCUUAAUAUUCACAACAAGCUGAAGGAAGGUUAUAGUAUCAUCAGAAAUUUGACAAACGGAAAAGAAUUCCAACUCUGCCUGAAAGAAUUCCUUUCCUAUCUAGUCUCUCGAAUUCAUGUGGACCCUGCUUCUGAAGAGUUUUUGGACAUGCUGCUAGAAAAAUAUGCUGCUCUUCACAAGCAUUUGGAACCCGACUCAUAUUUCCAUACUCUCUACAAGAGAUACUUUUUGUAUACCCUAAGGAAAGGUUUCUACGAGAAAUGUUUCCAAAUUGCUCAUCACCUCAAUGACCCUACUCUCUUUGAACACUUGUACAGAUUUUGUCUUGCUCAGAAUUAUGACUCUCUUGCCUAUUUGUCCAUACAGCAUGCAAGUGAUACGUUUAAGAAUAAGGAAAAGCAAGUCCAACAAUUCUUCAAUGAAUGUGUGCAAUACGAAAAAUUACAGAAUAAAUAA